UAUAUAUGUAUAUCAGAAUUAAAUAUUCGAUGUUAUAUUCGGGAAAGAAAUCGCGAUCUCAUUGAUAUUCGAUCAAUCCCAUAGUUGUACUACAUUUGAAAACUCGCGGUUUGCCUUCCUACAUGAAGGUAAUCGCAAAUGCGAGAAUUAGAGCCGAGGGCUUCAGACGAGUUCCACGUAAAAUAAUAAUCAUGUCCCGGGUACCGGGAACGAAAAUACAUCUCUUGCAGGUAGUGUAAACGUAUAACGUUCCAUCGUCAUUAGUCAUUCAAAUCAAACUUCUUAUUUGUAAACCUGUCGGCUGCCUUCUCUACUUGAAGACAGUUGCAAGCGUGCAAAUUACAGUUUAUUUCAGGCGCGAUCCGCGUUAAUUAGCAAUUACACUCCAAGGCGAGCGUACGUAGCGAAUUAUGGACGAUGGAAAUAGACUGAGCAUGCAGGACGUCUCUCAACUGGAGCGGCAAUUUCGUGAAAAGUUCUACGAGUUGCAGAGCAACGCGAACACCCUGCAGACGAUGCAGAAGGAACUUCUGGAAGCUCGUCACGCUUUAUACAGCACGGAGUUGGAGUUGGAAAAAGAACGCGGUAUCUCCUACGAGCUGAAGAUGCGUCUGAGAGUGGUCACGGAGAUGGCGAAUGAGUCGCAGCAGCAGCAAACAAAAGAUCAGGUGGAAACUGUUCAGCUACGAGUGAAGUAUGAGACGAUGGCGAAACAAUACGGGUCCCUGAUGAGUCAGGCCGCAGCCGCAAAGGUGCACGAGGCCGAGUGUAAAAUUAAAAUACGCAGCUUAGAGGAAAACUUGCGUCAGAAGGAGGCGAGUAACAAGAGAAUGGAACAGACGUUGAGGCAGCUUGAACGUGACAAUGCGCGCGUUAUUGCCGCUGUCGAUCACAAAAUCACGAAACUUAAAGACGAGCAUCAGCACCUGCAGAAAUCCUGCAAAGAGAUUAUUAUCUUCAAUCAGCGCUUACAAACCGUCGGUCUAUGCGCGCACGCGAUACACCAAAAGAACCAAGCGAAAAUCAAUGAUUUGGAACACAAGCUAGCCUCGACGACGGUCAAGAACGCGGACCCCGCGGAAGAAUCUGUAAAUCAUCGCGCACAUCCGAGCAUCGGACAAUUAUCUCGGCCAUCUACAUAAAGUAUAACGGGAUAGGAGUUUAUCAAUAAAUAUACUGACACGUGUUACGUACAGGAUUAAUAAAAAAUGUAUUAUAUAAUAAUCGUUUGUAUAUUUAAGUAUAAGUUGAACAAGUUCCGAUGGUAAAAAUGCAAACUUGCAAGAUGCACAUCAUGACAACCAGCGAACGAAGAUUUGUUUAUUCAUUCUUUUUUUUCCACUACAGAUCCCUGUAAACAAGUCUAAUUCUAUAUGCAAAGCAAGUCCGCCGGAAGAUAAGCUUCGCGCACUUAUGCUCGUUUCCUCUUUUUUUUCAUUUUAGACCUAAUAAAAAUUCUAUGACUAUCCGUGAUAUAACAAAAUUGUUACUAUAAAGUUCUUGUUCAAUUCGUCACAAGGCAUUUUCGUUAUGUCAGUUAAUGCUCUUAGUACACUUUACGUUUUCCCGUUAAUUUUGUGAAAAAGCUAUAUUCGCUUAGUAACAGUAUAAAAACGAUUGUGAUACCUAUACUGCUUAAUCUUAUUUUUUCCCUUACUUUUAGUCAUUGUAUGUGAUGUUGUAUGGUGUGUGAUGCAUGUUUCUAUACACAUAGAUAUAUGUAUAUAUACAUAUACAUAUAUGUAUAUGUAUUUAUGUGUAUACAUACGUUUAUAGACACAUGGUCCUUCGAUAAGAGAAACACGCGAUGUAAAUCAGGUUGAAAUAUAAAUUGCAGAAUUUCGUGCAUAA